AGUAGCAAUUGUGCCAGGGGGCGUGUGAGCAGCCGGAGAGCCAGCCGCGCUGGUGACAACUUCUCUGGGGCGCGCGCGGGGCUGGUAGGCGAGGAGCGAGCAGGGAGCGUGGCCGAAGCCAGAGGCUGGGGGAGCUGCUGGAGCCUCGAGAAGCCGCGGCCCGCGCCCUGCGCCGUCGCCGCCGCCUGCUAGUUUCCUCCGGGUUCUCAGCCCCGGGUGCUGAGGCUUCGGUCUAUAAAUAGCAGGUUACAGCUCCUCCUGGGCGCGCACACGCUCACACGCUCACAAGCGAACGCAGGAAACUCAGGCUAAAAGUGUCUGCUGCUGCUGCCGCCCCCCACUCCGCCUCCGGGAGAGAACACAAAGAAAUGGUGUUACCUGACAAGAGGUCUUCUGUCUUUUAUGAAAAAUUAGACAAAGAGCCUUGAAACCAGCAAAACAAUAAUCAAAGAGCAGUUCUGUCAAGGAAAACAACAUAAAUCAGGUACAGAAUUUCAGAGUGGGAUAUCAGAUCUUUAGUUUGAAGAUACAUCUACAUUAAACCAGAAAUCACUAGAAGUGACAUUUGGACAAGAAAAUUUGGAAAAUUUUAAAACUGUGAAGGUUGAUCAUGGAAAUUAAAGAGGAAGGGGCAUCAGAAGAAGGGCAGCACUUUCUUCCUACAGCCCAGGCCAAUGAUCCCGGGGACUGUCAGUUCACAAGUAUCCAGAAGACUCCAAAUGAACCGCAGUUGGAAUUCAUCCUUGCAUGCAAGGAUCUCGUGGCUCCUGUCCGUGAUCAUAAACUGAAUACACUGGUGCAGAUCUCCGUAAUCCAUCCCGUGGAGCAGAGUCUGACAAGAUACUCCAGCACCGAAAUUGUGGAGGGAACAAGGGACCCACUGUUUUUGACUGGUGUCACAUUCCCAUCUGAGUAUCCCAUCUAUGAGGAGACCAAAAUAAAACUAACAGUCUAUGAUGUCAAGGAUAAGUCUCAUGACACCGUUCGAACCAGUGUCCUACCAGAACAUAAGGAUCCCCCACCAGAAGUUGGGCGAAGUUUCUUGGGCUAUGCCAGUUUUAAAGUGGGAGAGCUGCUGAAAUCAAAGGAGCAAUUGCUGGUCCUGAGCCUGAGAACUUCAGAUGGUGGCAAAGUGGUUGGCACCAUAGAAGUCAGUGUCGUGAAGAUGGGGGAGAUUGAGGAUGGGGACGCCGACCACAUCACCACAGAUGUACAGGGACAAAAGUGUGCCCUGUUAUGUGAAUGUACAGCCCCAGAAAGUGUGAGUGGAAAAGAUAACUUACCUUUUUUGAAUUCAGUGUUAAAGAACCCAGUAUGUAAAUUAUAUAGAUUUCCCACAUCUGACAAUAAGUGGAUGCGAAUUCGAGAGCAGAUGUCAGAGAGCAUUCUUUCCUUUCAUAUUCCUAAGGAAUUGAUUUCCCUUCACAUUAAAGAAGAUUUGUGCAGAAACCAGGAGAUAAAAGAACUUGGUGAGCUUUCUCCACAUUGGGACAAUCUGCGGAAAAAUGUCCUUACUCACUGUGAUCAAAUGGUGAAUAUGUACCAAGACAUUCUGACAGAACUUAGCAAGGAAACAGGGUCCUCUUUCAAAUCAAGCAGCAGCAAAGGAGAGAAAACAUUAGAAUUUGUUCCAAUAAAUCUACAUCUGCAAAGAAUGCAGGUACACAGCCCUCACUUGAAAGAUGCUCUCUACGAUGUCAUCACUGUGGGAGCCCCAGCGGCCCAUUUUCAGGGAUUUAAGAAUGGUGGUCUUCGGAAACUACUCCAUAGAUUUGAAACAGAAAGAAGAAAUACUGGAUACCAGUUUAUUUACUAUUCACCUGAAAACACAGCCAAAGCAAAGGAAGUUCUCAGCAACAUCAAUCAACUACAACCUCUUAUAGCAACCCAUGCAGACCUACUGCUUAAUUCUGCAAGCCAGCAUUCUCCAGACAGCUUGAAGAAUUCUUUAAAGAUGCUUUCAGAAAAAACAGAGCUUUUUGUACAUGCCUUCAAGGAUCAACUUGUCAGGAGUGCUCUUUUAGCACUCUACACUGCAAGGCCAGGAGGCAUUCUUAAGAAACCACCCUCUCCUAAGAGCAGCACAGAGGAGAGCAGUCCCCAAGACCAACCCCCACUGAUGAGAAGGCAGGACUCCAUACCACAUCAUUCAGACUACGAUGAGGAAGAGUGGGACAGGGUGUGGGCCAAUGUGGGGAAGAGCCUGAACUGCAUUAUUGCUAUGGUGGACAAACUGAUUGAAAGAGAUGGUGGCAGUGAAGGCAGUGGUGGCAACAAUGAUGGAGAAAAAGAACCUUCAUUAGCAGAUGCCAUCCCCUCUCACCCAAGAGAGGACUGGUAUGAACAGUUGUAUCCCCUCAUCCUUACCCUGAAGGACUGCAUGGGAGAAGUGGUGAACCGAGCCAAGCAGUCCCUGACAUUUGUGCUCCUUCAGGAACUUGCAUACAGCUUGCCCCAGUGUCUGAUGCUGACUCUAAGAAGAGACAUCGUCUUCAGCCAAGCACUUGCCGGAUUGGUUUGUGGUUUUAUCAUUAAAUUACAGACAAGUCUGUAUGACCCAGGCUUCCUACAGCAGCUUCACACAGUGGGGUUGAUAGUACAAUAUGAAGGACUGCUAAGUACAUACAGCGAUGAAAUUGGAAUGCUAGAGGACAUGGCUGUUGGCAUUUCCGAUUUAAAGAAAGUCGCAUUUAAAAUAAUUGAAGCCAAAUCCAAUGAUGUGUUGCCAGUUGUAACAGGAAGACGAGAACAUUACGUGGUAGAGGUCAAGCUUCCAGCCAGAAUGUUCGAGUCACUACCUCUACAGAUUAAAGAAGGACAGUUGCUUCAUGUGUAUCCAGUACUUUUUAAUGUUGGAAUCAAUGAACAGCAAACUCUGGCUGAAAGGUUUGGAGAUGUCUCUUUGCAAGAAAGUAUUAAUCAGGAAAACUUCGAACUUCUACAAGAAUAUUACAAGAUAUUUAUGGAAAAGAUGCCUCCUGAUUAUAUUUCACAUUUUCAGGAACAAAAUGAUUUAAAAGCAUUACUAGAAAAUCUCCUUCAAAAUAUCCAAUCCAAAAAAAGAAAGAAUGUAGAAAUUAUGUGGCUGGCUGCAACGAUUUGCCGCAAACUAAAUGGUAUUCGUUUCACCUGUUGUAAAAGUGCCAAAGACAGGACAUCGAUGUCAGUGACACUUGAACAAUGCUCAAUCUUGAGAGAUGAGCACCAGUUACACAAGGACUUCUUUAUCCGAGCGCUGGAUUGCAUGAGAAGCAGACAAACCCAGGGAGCACUGAAUGAAUCCGAUGAUCCUGAAACAGGCUGUCUAACUGAUAACAAGCCAACUUCUCGACACUUCUAUCCUGUCGCCUUGCUGCUUGUCAGCUCACACCUGCUAGUUGUGUGGCUUAUUUUAAGUCUGGCGUUACUCUUAGCCAAAUACCAAUAAGUUUUAUGUUGUAUUCCUUUUUCUUUUCUACAAAUGACAAUGAACUUUAAAUUAUGGGGACAAUGCUGUAAUAUUUUUACAUUUUCAAAUUCACAGAAUUUAAAAAAAAAUGUUUAAAUUGUGUUUAGUUUGUUUUUCCUAAAAUCUAAAAAACAAAAAGUACUAUGCAUUAAGUGGAUUAUUUUGCUCUUUUGUUCAUGGAUAAGUGUUUCCCACUGUUAACUAGCUCAAGAAGAAUUUUUAAAUUACUGUCUUUGGAAUAAGACAAAGAACAGAAUCCUGAAAGCUUGAAGUUCUGAACCUCCUGUCCUCAUCCCAUUAAAUUUAUUAAAGAAAUUAAGACUGAAUUUGCACAAACACUGAAACCCUGAGACAAGUUCUAGAGAUGUGGGAGGUUGCAGACUUUAUUUCCACUGUGCUAAUAUCAUAGAUGCCAUCUGCUGAUAGAAAUUUUUUUUUAACCUGUUUUACUUCUUCGCUGCAAUUAACUCUUUUCUGUCAAGUAACUUUAUGGAGAGAAUGGCUAUUUAUGUUUUGUAAUUAAAUUACCUGUUUGUAUCUCUUGUUUGGGUUGAUUUGGCUUUCAGAGGACUUUUCUAUUCUUUUUAACUAGGUCUUGUUUGUGUCUUGAUGUACCAUUCCCAGCACUUGUGACUUUUGUACUGUCCGUGGACAAGCACUCUUCCUUUAUAAAGCUGAGACUUGGCCCAGGCUGUUCAGAAAGCCAUUUUCUCUCUUCCUUGCACAGCUAAAAUAAUAAUAAAAUUAAAAUAGAGAUGAAAUUUUUCUUUAAAAAUCUAUAGGGCCAGACUUAAUAAAUUAAAUGCCUUAUUUCUAGAACCUGCAUCCUUAGGGCUACAUAUAGAUUUUAAUGUGUUUUAAAGAGACUGAGAAAUUAAUUUGUGGAAAUGUUAUAAAAAGGCAGAUAUAUUUAUGAAACUAAAGUGGAACUGUAUUGUGGAGCAAAUUAUAUUUAAAAGAGUUGUUUAUUAAAUUUUAAAUGUCUGUUAAGAGUAAAGAGACUUAAGUCAUCUCUUUCAGAGGGCAAUAAUGGUAUUGGGCCUGGCCUAGGAUUUAAUUUUGUAAGAUGUAUCAUCACUUGUGGAAAAAAAAAAUGUAGAGUUGAAUCUUUGUUAUUUUUACUUGGACGGUUGCUGCAACUCUGCAUUAAACAAAUAAAGCAUAUUUAUUUA